AUGACUUCUCUCCUUGUUUCUCCGGCGCAGGUCGCCGUCGCCACUACAUACAACACAGACGAAGUCUGGACCGACUCCCCCACCGAGCACGAGCAGAUAGACUACAAGUUGCGCCGCAAAUUACGCAGCAAGCAAGAGAAGCUGCGCGCCGCAAAGCUAGAACUUGAAGUCGAGAAGGAGGAGUAUCACAAAGUCAUCGACUGCUACAACGCCGCAUUAGACCAGCCAGAAAUCACAGAGCAGGAGCUCGACGAACUUUGGAAGCCCGCCGAGAUGAAGCGGAGACAUGUGCAAGCAUUUAAGAUGUUCUUAAGAAUGGCCGAGGACAAGGCCGAGAAGGCCGAUGCGGCAUUGCGCAGUUUUGAAGCCCAGACCAUUGAGAGCAAGAUGCGCAGAGACCAGGCAAGUACCUAUUUUCCGUUUGUUCUGAUUUUCCUCGAUGAAGUCGAUUCCCCUCUCUUCAAUUUGUAA